AUGGCAGUAGAUUCAAAUGUUUAUCCUGGUACCUCGCAAUGUCGCCCAGCUGAACUUGAUGGUGGCGGGUCAGGCGUAUACUGUUGCAUCCCACUCUGUAAAAACGCUACAUACAACCGAGAAAAGCAGAAGUCAGGUAUCGGUUUUUUCAGAUUCCCGAAGGAUAAAGAAAUGAAGGUUAAAUGGAUAAACAUGAUGAAGCAAUUUCGACGAAGCGGAGGUGCUGAUACGUUUAAAGUGACAAGCUCGACUGUAGUAUGUGAAUUUCACUUCAAAACCAGCGAGAUAAAAGUUUCUUCUGGUUACGGAAAAAAGUCCUUGGUACCUGGUGCUGUUCCAACUAUUUUCAAAUUCAAGCCAAAGAUUAGCAAGGCACGCAAAGCUCCACUUGACCGCAGUAAUAUGCCAAGUUCCAGUAGGCCAGUUUCGAAUGAGUCAUCAGAAGAAAUGGAAGUUGAGCUUCCGGAGACCGGCAAUGUUCCAGGUUGUUCAAAUUGUGCAUGUCACGAACAAGAAAUUGAAAAAUUGCAAAAAGAGAGAUCCUUUCUAGAAGAAGAGCUGCAUGAAUUGCGAAGAGAGAACAUUUAUAUUAAAGAAGAAUUGGAGUCUUUGAAAACUAAUUCUAUUUACAAUUUCAGUAACAUUUCAAGCUGUCCUGAAUUAUUUGUUAAAGCUACUGGCCUAGAAGUGAAAGCUUUUCAAGAUUUGUUUGUUUUUUUGAAACCUGGAGAAAAUUGCAACAACAUUAAAUUUUAUGAAACUAUAAAACGUGCAGAGACCGACAACAAUGCCACAGCAAGACCCACAUCAGCAUUCCCAGGAAAGAAACGUGGUCCAAAACCAAAAUCUGAACCAAUAGAUCAACUGUUUAUGUGUUUGACAUGGUUAAAAAAUGGGUUUACUUUGUCACACAUGUCUUGGUUGUUCAAGUUGCCAAAAUCUACAAUUUCUCGACAUCUAAUAUCUUGGAUAAAUUUUCUCUAUUUCUCUCUUGGCAGUCUUCCAAUCUGGCCAUCAAAAGAAGUGGUCCAAAAGUCAAUGCCUGCAUCCUUUAAGAAAACUUUUCCAUCAACACGCUGCAUAAUAGACUGUACAGAGCUAUUUUGUCAAAGACCUUCAUCACUUGCCAUUCAAAGUAGUCUCUACUCUUCCUAUAAACAUCAUGUCACCUACAAAGCAUUAAUUGGCAUUGCUCCUUCUGGUGCUAUAACAUUUGUUGGCCAGCUCUUUGAUGGUUCCAUUUCUGAUAAGGAAAUUGUUAAGAGAAGUGGUAUUCUUAAUAGUUCGCUGUGGGAUGAAGGAGAUAGCCUGAUGGCAGACAGAGGCUUUACAAUAUCUGAAGACUUGAAACCUUUAAAAGUGCAGUUAAAUAUACCUGCAUUUCUUGGUGGAAGAGACCAGUUAUCUGAAGAAGAGGUCUUGAACAGCCAAACUAUUGCAUCUGUGCGCAUUCAUGUGGAGAGGGCAAUUCAACGAGUCAAAAAAUUCAGGCUUAUCAGAAAUGAAAUACCUUUGGUUUUGCAUGGCUCAGUAAAUCAAAUUUGGACUGUCUGUUGUCUGUUGUGUAACUUUAUGCCCCCCUUGAUACAAAAUAAAGAUUUAUCUUAA